AUAUAUAGGAAGUAUACUUUCAGUUUUUAGAGCAUUGAAUGCUUUGUGCAUGGAUAUGCAUAAAAAUCUCCCUUAUAAUACUGGAAUAUAAGUUUGUGCAACUGUCUACUUACAGACUUAAGGACAUUUACGCUGGUAAACAGGAGCUGUUUUACCAUGAUUUUCACAACAUAAAUUUGUGGAAUUUUCAAGUCUGUCGUCACAAAUUAUAAUCAUGAGACUAUUUUGUAUCAAACUUUCAAGAUGGAAGGUCGGGGACUUAUUCUUCUUGUUGUAUUGUCUGUUUUUCAUGGCAAACAUUGUCGCUUCAAACUCUGAAACAGGACUUGAUGAAAACUCAUGCCCGUUAGAUUGUACUUGUCUUAAAUCAAUUGGAUCUGUGAAUUGCACUGGAAAUAUUUGAGGAUAAUUCCUGCAGGGAUUCCAUCAUGGGUAACACAUCUAUAUCUUCGAAACAAUUUACUUUCUGCCCACAGUCUACACAGAUUCAAUUUCAGCAUAUUUCCUCAAUUACAAGAACUAGAUCUCAGUGGAAAUAAACUACAAAAUUUUACAAUAGACCUCACUGGAACGUACUCAAUACAUAAAAUCUCACUUAACCACUGCUCACUCAACACACUACCCGACAUCAGGCUGAAGACAAACCUCACAUGUUUAGAAUUAUCUCAUAACUCAAUAUCAGAGCUUGAUGGUUUGAAGAAAUUUCCUGCUUUGACUGAAUUGGAUCUGAGUUUCAAUAGGAUAAAGCAAAUUAAACCUGAAACAUUUGCGCUGAAUUCACAACUCACUCAUUUAUACCUUCAAAAGAACAGAGUCACGUCGCUAGCAUGGACUUCAUUCGUUGGUCUGAGUUCUAUAGAAGUCAUUGAUCUUUCACGAAAUAAAAUUCGAAAUUUUGUGCGAACAUCCAAACCAGAACCGGUCAACAAACAGGACAGAUGUUUCGGGAAUUUACAAACUUUAAAACACUUGAAUCUCAGCCAAAACCAACUGACUCACAUUGGUGGUUUGACAUUUUCUGGCAUGUGUGCUCUGGAGACUCUUCAACUUGAUAGAAAUAAAAUAAACAAACUAAACGAUGGAGCUUUCUAUGGCCCAAUAGCUCUCAAUUCACUAAUCCUUGAUUACAACUACAUUGAAGCGGUAUCAAGAGGAUGGCUGUUCGAACUUCUGUCAUUGAGAGUUCUAUCCGCUUCUCAUAACAACAUGUCAAGAAUAGAUCGAGACGGCUGGGAUUUCUGCAAAGAAUUAAGUCAUCUGGACCUGAGUUACAAUCGUCUUCAUUUGCUCGAAUCUCACGGCUUCUCCCUUCUCGGCAAACUUCAGACCUUGAAGAUCAGUAAUAACAUGAUCACAGUACUUGAGGACUUUGCUUUUAAUGGAUUGGGGCAGUUGACAUCUCUGGAUCUUUCAUACAAUGAAAUAUCGAGCAGCAUUGAAGACAUCAACGGUGCAUUUCUUGGUCUCGAUUCAUUGGAUACAUUGUCUCUACGUCACAAUCGUAUUCGAACUUUGUCAUCAUCAGCUUUAGAAGGAUUAGAAAAUGUGGCAACAUUAGAUUUGUGUGAGAACGAAGUCACGUCUAUACAGAAUAAAACUUUCAAAAAUAUGAAGAAUUUGGGAACACUGAGUAUUGUCAGUUCAUCAUUUCUCUGUGAUUGCCAACUUGCCUGGUUUCCUACUUGGCUGAACGCCAUGAAUAAUACAAGGCAAGGCUUCAUGUAUACAGUUGAAGGAACAUGCUUCCACCCACCUGAUCUGAAAGGAAGAGAUAUUUUGACAAUUGAGGAAUCAGAGUUUGUGUGUGUCGACCACCCAAUCCCUGUACUAUUGCAAGAACCAAAAGGUAGAACAGCUUUAAUCGGAGACAAUAUCACGCUAGAAUGCAGUGCGAGCGCUGCGUACACUGACGUAGAAAACGCUACGUUGGCUAUCUCCUCUACUACAACAACAGAAAGUCCACCUAGUAUGGAAUCAGACAAUCCUCUACCCAAUUCUCGAUCAAGGGGAGGGGGCUUCCCCUUGAAAGCUGAUGGAACUGGGGAGGAGGGAACGGAAAAGAAACGAACUACCACACAGCGAAGAGACGCAGGGAAGAAAUUCAAUUAUGAUAAACAUGGGAUGGCUAUCACUUGGAAGCGAGAACAAGAAAUUAUCAAGGCCAGCACUAAGAUUGAAAUCAGGAACCAGACACAACAACAGGGCGCCUAUGUCUAUGUAACAAGCAUUCUAGUGCUGCAUGGAGUAUCUGCCAAGGAUACUGGGAAAUAUAAUUGCAUUGUGAGUAAUAAUUAUGGUUACGCUCGAUCGACGCCAGCACAAUUAACAGUGAAUGAAUAUCCGAAGUUUACGAAAACGCCGGUCAACGUUACCAUAGUCAAGAAUGGAUCUUCUGCGUUACUCGAUUGUGCGGCUACUGGGCAGCCUUCUCCUCUAAUAACAUGGCAAAAGGAUGGAGGUAAAGCAUUUCCUGCAGCCACUCAGAGGAGGUUACUACGCGAGCAAAAAAAUUUAAGAAAACUGUCAGACGAUGAAGAAAAUGAAGAUGACAAUCUUGAAGGAGGCGGAGGGAUGCUCUUAAAACCAGGUUUAAGCGAUGAAGCGGAAAAAGACAGCAAGGAUGAGAAGUUUGCAGUUGACGCAGAUGCACCAUUGAAAUUUGGAAUUGUUCUUCCUGAAGACGCUGGAGAGUACGAAUGCGUUGCUCAGUCGAGUGUGGGAAGAAUCGUGGCCAAAGCGAUGCUUAUAGUAGAAAUCGAACCAACUUUUACCAGACCAAUUCCUCCAGUGUCCAAAGCUGUAGUUGGUGGGGACGCUGUGUUGAGAUGUAUAGUAGGAGGAAAUCCAAAACCAGAAAUAAUAUGGCAGUUCAACGGCCGAGAAUUGAAUAUCACGUCUCGACACUAUUUGGCAGUAGAGAGACAAUUGUUAGUGAUAAUAGACGCUCAAAUGUCGGACGCUGGGAAGUAUAUUUGCAUCGCGGAAAAUAAACAAGGCAUCAUUGAAGGAGAGACUGAUCUUCAAAUAACAGAAAACCCAUCUAAUGAUAAUUUAUGGAAUAAACUGUUCAAUGGAAGUGUACCAACGGGAAUCGUGCUUCUGAUUGUAUUUGGUUGUAUUAUAAUCACUUCUCUCAUAUGGCUGGUGAUUCUUUGCUACUCAAGAAGAGAACAAGAAAAGGCAUUAAGCACCAAUACAGAUGAUACCGGUCUAGAUGCGCAUAGUUACGCUUCCACUGAUGAAUCCAUAAGGAAAUGUCAAAGUUCUCAUUCGAUACAUUUGAUUUCAGAAGAUAAUAGAGGUCCAGCGCCAAACACUCAAUAUGAAAUGGUUCGAUACCAGAGUUCAGCGUCAACAUCUAACAUACCAGACAUGCAGAUCACCCUGUGCCGGUCACGUGGGUCUCAAAGAACUGGAUACCCCCCUAUGAUAAGCCCGACAUCACCCUUGCACCCAGCUUUUAGACAACCCCCUCCAAGGCGAUCACUGUCUUCAUCUGCUAUCAAGAGAGAACAAAUUAUUUUACCAAGAUUCAAGUCGACUGAAAACUUCAGGAUAGUCGAUGAUGUGAAUCCUGUCUUCUCUCGUCGUCCAGAAUCACAACACAAGAUAGGGGGCGCUAAAGCCCAAUUAAAAUCACCACUCACAAGUCCGUCGGCUUAUUUUGCACGAAAAGCAGCUGGGGAUGAAAACUACGUACCAGUCGUUUUAAAAACCCAAUCGCAACAAAAAGCCUCUCAACCAACAACACUAGGUGGCAGUCAGGAGCCACUGAAAACGAAACGAACUAGGGUCAAAGGUCAGAAACAACGUCAGCAAUCAAAAGAGCAAAAACACAAAAAAUCUAUACAGCCCAGAUCCAGAGUGCCUAAUGGUACGUGCAAUAAUGCUGGAACAAGGGGCUCAGGGAGGGGGAUUUCCCCUCAUAAUAAUAAGGGUAGAAUAGGUAACGAUCACCUUCCUUUACACAAUGAGCAAAACACACGUCAAAGUGAUAAAAAGAACAACUUUGGAAAAACACGAAAUCAUGAUUCAGCAAAAAUAAAAAAUGCUGAUUCAUGGCAAGGACACAGAGAUCGUCGAAAAAUAAAUUUAGACUCGACCAGUUCUGUAGAGUUGUUACCGCUUGAUGGCGCCACUUCAAGACAUUUACGCAGCCCCUCUGAUAACAACCAGCCUAAAAUCAGCAGCAGCUCAGGAAGCAGCAACCCUGCUGAUUUUAGCACAACCUCUGAAUCUUCAGCUUUAUUACAUCAUAAUAAUCACUUGAUGCAACACAACUGCCCAACGCCGCCUAGCGGCCAGGAAAAUUCAAGAUUGUUAACGACGAUUCCAGUCUGACAUUUUUCCCAAUUUCAUAACAUAUACCGUGUUUCCCUUAAAAUAAGACCGAAAUUUUUUUGGACCUAGUCGAUAGCAAGAAAUCUCUUCUGAACGUUUUUCAUGUUUUGCAGUUAUUUUGAAUAAAAAC